UAUUUAGCACAAAAUACAGUUCAGCACAAAAGAUUAAGAGAAUCUGGAUAAAUCCUGCAUCCGUUACAACAUAAUGUAAAAGAGGGUGCUGAACUGGUUUGCCUGCCGUCAAGACUUUUGACCAAAAACAUUUGGCAUAUCAUGAAACAACCAAUAACUACUGCAAGUAGAAUCCACUAUCAGACCCGAAUGCGACAACAUUCGUCUCCCAAAACUCCAACAAAAUGGUCUCCUUAGUUACCAGGCGGCGAUCAUCGGUAUUCAAGCACGCAAUGACACCAAGUAAAAUAUUUUUAUACAUCAUAUGCAAUUAUAUAUUUUUAAAGACUAGAAACCGAUCACAAUACGAAUCGAUGGAACUGUUAAUAUUUUCUUUACAUAGAUGGCGCUGUUACCAAGGUGGUGGCUUUGACGGAAACGAGGGGAAUUUCCGUGUGUUACAUCAAAAUACGUCCUGACAGUCGAUGUAGCUCGAAUUACGUUUAUAAAAGCGAUUCGUCACACAAAUAAAAUUAAAUAAAUUAACAAGAGAUAUAAUUUUAUUGAAAAGCAUUACACAUGGAUGUACAUGCAAUUGUCUAUUUGUUAAAUUAACACAUGACGUAGACAUCGCUUUGAACGUCGCUGUCAGUAAUGCGGAAGUAAACUUUUCAAAACCCACCAGUCUUCAUUCUCACAGAUGUCCUCUGCAAUGAUGGAAGGUUCUUCAAAAAGCGAUGCCACAACACAGACCUCUGUUGCCGCACAAGUUCCCUUCAUCAACCUCUGCACAGUUCUGGAGAAAAUCCAAAAGACCAAACUCCGACCAGAUAAAUCCAUGAUCCUGAAGGACUUCAUAGAUUCAUGGAGGAAGUUCCAUGCGGCGCUUCACAAGGACAAUACAAGCACCACAGACUCAUUCUACCCAGCCAUGCGUCUCAUCGUGCCUCCAUUUGAGCGAGAGCGAAUGGCUUACGGUAUAAAAGAGAACAUGCUGGCCAAACUUUACAUUGAGGUUUUAGGUCUUCCUAAGAAUGGACCUGAAGCAAACAAACUUUUGAAUUACAGAGCCCCGACUACAUCCCAAGGGGAAACAGGUGACUUUGCCCUCACGGCGUACUUUGUCCUCAAAAACAGGUGCACUAGCAAGGGGAAUUUAAGCCUCAAAGAAGUCAAUGACUUUUUGGAUUCGGUAGCGUUCAACAAUGCCAGCAAACAGAAGGAUCAGGUGAAGAAAAGCCUUUUACAGGUGAUAACCCAGAGUUCAGCAUUGGAGCAAAAGUGGCUUAUUAGGAUGAUCCUUAAGGAUAUGAAACUUGGCAUUAGCAAAGAGACGAUACUAAAGGUUUUUCAUUCAGAUGCACCGGAAUUUUACAACGUCACAACAGAUCUGGAUAAAGUGUGCAGGCAACUUCACGACCCAUCCGUGUCGCUAAGCGAGAUGUCCAUUAAUCUGUUUUCUGCUUUUAAACCAAUGCUGGCUGCCAUUGCCAACAUCGGACAAAUCGAGAAGCAAAUGUGCAACCAGCCGUUCUAUGUUGAGACGAAGCUUGAUGGUGAACGCAUUCAGUUGCACAAAGUUGGAGAUGUGUACAAAUACUACACCAGGAACUCUUACGAGUACACGCAACAGUUCGGCGCCUCUCCACUGGAGGGCUCUCUCACGCCGUACAUUCACAACAUCUUCAAACCUCACGUGGUGAACUGCAUUCUGGAUGGCGAGAUGAUGGCCUAUAACCCCACGACUGAGACCUUCAUGCAGAAAGGCAGUAAGUUUGAUAUUAAAAGGUUGGUGGAUGACUCGGAACUGCAAACUUGUUUUUGUGUGUUCGAUGUGCUGUUGUUAAACGACGAGAAAUUUGCAAACGAACCCCUCAAGAAGCGUUACGAAAUUCUUCAUACCAUCUUCACCCCCCUCAAAGGCCGUUUCCAGCUGGUUUCUAAAUCCGAAGGGAGAACAACGCAAGAAGUGGUGAACGCUCUCAACGAAGCCAUUGACAAUCGGGAGGAGGGGAUUAUGGUUAAGGACCGGAUGUCUAUAUACAAACCCGAUAAACGUGGUAAAGAAUGGCUGAAGAUUAAACCGGAAUAUGUCGAUGGUCUGAUGGAUGAACUGGAUCUGCUCAUAGUGGGUGGCUACUGGGGGAAAGGCAGGAGAAGCGGAAUGUUGUCGCAUUUUCUUUGCGCCGUGGCCGAGGAGCCGAGUCCCGGGGAGAAGCCCACGGUGUUCCACACGGUCUGUCGCAUCGGAUCGGGCUACACUUUGAAAGAACUUUACGAUCUCGGACUGAAGUUGGCCAAGCAUUGGAAGAUUUACAACAAAAACCAUCCUCCGGCGUCCAUCUUGUGCGGAACGGAGAAGCCAGAGGUUUACAUAGAACCGCAAAACUCCGUCAUCAUACAAGUCAAAGCAGCGGAGAUCGUUUCCAGCGAAAUGUACAAGACCAGCUGCACCUUACGCUUCCCCAGAAUAGAACGAAUCCGAGAGGAUAAGGAAUGGCACCAAUGCAUGAACUUGACCGAACUCAGUCAGUACCGUUCCAAGGCUUCUGGAAAACUUGCGUCCCGACAUCUACACAUCCAAGAGGGUCUACCUGAAAAGAAGAAGCGAAAGGUUGCGGCCAAGCCCAAGAAGACCAUCGGUAUCAUUGACCACUUCCGAUCUCAGGAUUUAUCAGCCGUCGCCAAAGAGACCGAUAUGUUCGAAGGGGUGGAGUUUUGCGUCAUCAACGGAAACGACGAGCGCUCGAAGGCGGAGCUGGAGAAGUACGUGGCACGCGCUGGAGGUAUCGUCGUUCAGAACCCUGGAAGGGACACGUACUGCGUGAUCGCCGCCGUGCAGAACUUGAGGGUGAAGAACCUCAUCUCUUCAGACCAGCACGAUGUUGUGUGGGCUGCCUGGCUCGUGGAGUGUCUGGAAAAGAAGCAGGUUGUACCAUGGCAGCCGCGUCACAUGAUCCACAUGUCACCGCCCACGAAGGAACAUUUCGCAAAGGAGUACGAUAAGUACGGAGACAGUUAUUACGUCGAUACGAAUGAACAGCUGCUCAGGGAUGUGUUUGGAAGGAUCGGACAAGUAGACGCUGAGGUUUCGUCUGUGGCACAGAUGGAAGCAAAGUACACUUGGGAUGACUUGCACACUAGCAUUUUUAGGCCUUUUGGUGCAUACUUUGACCGGUGUGCUGAUUUAGGAGAUCCGCAUACGCUUAUCAAGGGUACGUGUCUGGACACACGAGCCUUAGAAUUCAGAUUUCAUGGUGGUUCAGUUGUGGAGGAACUGAAGGAGGGAAUCUCGCAUGUCAUAGUAGAUGAUGAGGGAAGGAUUCUGGACUUGAAGACGCUAAGGCGUCUUUAUAGGAAGAAGUUCAAAAUCGUUCGUGAAUCAUGGGUGACCGAUUCCAUCAAAGAAGGCCAUGUGGUGGAUGAGAUUGACUACCUCGUAUAACAAUGAAGGCUACUACACAAAGUGUUAGAACGCUGAUUUUAAUAUUUGCUGCCAUGUUUGGAAAUCCGUUAUUUUUCCAUCUAAAAUAACUAAAUUUUAAAGACUAAUAAAGAAAAUAUUGUUGUCAGGAUUUUAAUGAUGAAGAUAAGGGUGUUGUUUUUGCUUAGAGUGUAAUAAUGCUGUUGAAAAAUGCCGACAUCAUAUCCAUCUAAAGUGCAUGGCUAGUUUUGCUCUGUUCUAAACAAAUAUGGCCAUUCAAAAUCAAACGUACUACAAAAAAGAUAGACUGUGUUUUAAUAGUUAAUAAAUAGAAUCGUGGUCACCUUGCUAACACAAAGGUUACAGUUGAAAUACUAAAUAAAGUGGGAUGACCUAUUACAAAAUUGUCUUAAUAUUGAUGUUGAUGUUACUGCACUAUUAAUUGUUUUAUUAAAUAUUUCGGGGAAAAACCAACUGUUCUCCUUAAAGAAGCAUUAGUUUUAACUGUA